UCAUGUAAUCGAUCGUAUUGCCAAACCUGAUCGAAGAAAGGAUUUUAAAACACAUUGUGUCAAAAAAUGGUCUUCCUCACGAUGUCCAGGUACCUCGGUCUGAUCCUCGUUAUCUCGACGUGCACCCACGUGUGCGUGUACGGGGCGAAAAAAUGCGAGGGGAACGGGUUGGGCUUGAAAUACGUGUGGGGAGAUGCGCUCACAGAUCCCGCCGAUUGUGUAGGUCCAAACAACAUGCAGUAUCCCCAAGCCGCGAUAUCGAGGAGUUACAAGAACCUGUGGGCGGGCAGUCGGACAGCGAGAUCGCAUCAACCUCGAACCGUCGAUCCCGAAUUGACGAGGCAAGCGCUUCUGCACAAUUAUAAAAGUGUGCACGGUGAUUACUCAAUCAGAGCAGAAUCGUCGCGAAACGGCAGAGCAUUUUCCCCGAAGGAGACAUGCGGCUCUCCAGCCAGAUUAUGUAAAACGAGGUACAACACCACAGCGCCUAUGUACGGAGUCAGUUUAACCAGCGGCCAGCCUGUGACGAUUGUACAGAAAUUUCCCGACCUCCUCCAGCAGGUUGUCUUCGAAGUUUGCGAAUCAAAAGAGUGCGACGUGGUCCAUGGCGAAUGCACGCAGACGUACGUGCCGUACCUAUUCCUGGUGAUUCCGCUCGGGCCGGUGACUCUGACCGGUCAAGAUUACGUUCUGGUCGAGAGCGGUUGUGUGUGCAAGCCGAGAAAUUCGGCGAGCAUCGCGUCGGAAGCCCCAGCCGUUCCAAGCUUUUAAACGUUCGUCGAACCCGUGAGACGGGCAUCGAGCGCGCACCGGAUGACGCAGUUCGAGAGUCUCGCGGUGAACGCGACGAAUGGAUCGAUGGAAGGUGAUCGAACAACCUCGCCGAGGGACCUAGUAACCUCUUUGACGGAGGAUGGAACGCUCGAACCAGUAACGAAGUAGCUAGAAAAUUGAUUUCUCGGAAGAAAUCUCGAAUAUGAACGAUUUCGCCCUGCAAACGCUUUCGUCCAUGCCAAACGGGGAAGGUAACUUUUACCGUGGACCGAUCAGCUUCCCUAGUUUGUCCAGGACGUCGAUUUCCACGAGGAACAGCUUUUUAGCUGAAGAACUGAAGAUACAAACUUCUCGCGGUAUCCCUGGUGAUUCCGGGUUAGCGCGUAGACAAUUUACGAAUUUAGGCAUCGAGAUAAAGACUCAUUUACCGUGGAUCAUCAAUAUCGGUAAUCGUACAGUCGUGGAAUUCGUUGAUCCGUAAACUGUCUUUAUGACAAGUAAUUUGAUUGAAAAAAACAUUGACAAUUAGACGUGCUUCACGGUUGAACAGUGGCGCGGCUUGUUCGUCCUCGUUUCUUUGAUAAAAAAGAAAGAAAAUAAGAAUGAAGAAGUUAUCUCAACGUGAAAAAACAAAUCGGAGCAGUGGCGGUCGUUUCGCGGAAUCCGGUCUCGGAAUCCGAUCGAGUUCACUAGACCUGCCCGCGAGCCGGUUUCGAGCAGGUGUAUGAGACUGCUCGUGUGCAACAGUGCUCCGCGAGAAAUAUCGGCGAGAGAUCCUCAGAAAGGUAUCAUAAAGUUAUAUCAUUUUACUCGACCGUGUCCUAACCAGCCGGAGACAUCCUUAAUGCGUUGUCCGACACCCUGCGUCAUUAUCCAACCGAUUCCGUCUCGUUCCUCCUUUUGAAACUCGUUUCCCCUGCGUUGUGCGUCGACGUGAAACUUUUUAACAUCCAAUUAGUUGAAGCGAACAAACGUUCCUGUUUUAUAAUUAUCGGUCGUGUUCGUUGAGGAGAAUAUCUCUCAGUAUUGUGUAGGCAAUAAAAAGCAUGGUGUUAGAAUGUGGAUCAUUCCCAUUGCAAGGAUGAUCCUUAUUCCCGUGUCGGUUGAACAGCAGGUGAUAAAUGCCGCUGGCCCGGUUAUGCCUCUCAGAACCGGACUCUGGAAGCUCGCGUCAGAACUGUACCGGCAAACAGGAUGGACGUGCAGUCGCAGUACGAAUGGACCGUACCAUGAAUUCCGAUGAGUAUAAUGUACCGUUAUCCGCUUUGCGGGACCCUUCACCUCGAUUGACUACGGUUGGUUAUUUCAUAGACGAGAAUCCGCCGCAGCACCCAAAAGUAGAUGACUCGUGCCGUUGCGUUGUUCAUUCAUGCCGCGCCAUAUUAAUCAUCAUUGAUACUCCUCCGUUAUCUUGAUUUUUUACAAGCGUCGCUUCAAAAUUUCGACGAACUUCGUGUUUGCAAUUAACUAAUAUUGACAAUUGAAGAUGUUCUGAUUCCGUAUGUUGAACUUGUUAACUUUCUGAUAAAAGUUUAUCGUUAAUCGUUGAUUAAAUGUACAGAAAUUCUCGUUGACAUUUUGCGGAUCGACUUUAGGCGAGAAGAAAUUGAAUAGAAAUACGAAUUUACGCAUGUUUACGUUCUGUGCCAGUGCCGUACAUACAUGGAAAGUGAUAAACAGAGAAACGCCAGAAUGUUAUUAAUACAUGUGCAACGAACGAUUUUUUCAUACCACAUGUCAUCUUUUGUAUCUAUAGUUGUAAUAUGCAAGUAUAUACAUAUUUAUAAUUUAUUAUUAGACCACGA